AUGACGGUUUGCUCCCACAUUCUCUCCGACCGAUCAGCCUCCGGAGGCCGCCGAGAGUCCGGCCAAAUGUCAAUAGAACAUGGGUUGCUGGGUGAUCAGUCACAAGCGACAUUUUCGUUCACAGAUGAAGAUCAUACUUUAGCAAAUUCCUUGAGAUACAUUCUUAAUCAAGACCCGAGAGUGACAUUUUGUGGUUACAGCAUACCGCACCCUUCUGAUGCUCGGGUGAAUGUAAGAGUGCAGACAACUGGUGACCCAGCACGAGAGGUAUUGAAAGAUUCGUGCCAGGAUUUGAUGCUUGUAUGCCAGCAUGUUAGAAAUGCCGCUGAUCAGGCUGUUAUGUUGUUCAAGAGCAAGCAAGGUGUAGAGUCGAUGGAUAUCAAAUAA